AUGGCACCGACAAGAAAACCGCAACCGCAAUUUAUCUGCGUAUCAUUUCCUUAUCCCCACGUUGCCCUACUGGAGUUGACUCGCUUCUGGGAAGAAUACAGUGCUAUCCUUGACACUAUUUGCGACGACGGGGACGUGCGCGUCGUAGUGCUAGCCUCAGCGCUGCCAAAGCUGUUCUCUGCCGGUAUCGAUGUGAACCAUCUAUCCACUCUUCCGACGGCAACCGAUCCUGCACGGACAGCCUACCAACUACGCCCUGAGAUUCUCUCAUUCCAACACGCGAUAUCGGCUCCUGAGCGGUGCCCCGUACCCGUUAUUGCUGCAGUACACGGCGUAGCCUUCGGUCUCGCCAUCGACAUAAUCGCAGCCUGUGAUAUACGCUACGCGGCUCGUGAUGCUACGUUCUCCAUUAAAGAAGCAGACGUUGGUCUUGCCGCUGACAUAGGCACGCUUGCGCGCACGCCCAAGAUCACUGGAUCGUCGUCCCUAUUGCAUGAGCUGGCAUACACCGCGCGCUCCUUCAAUGCAGAUGAAGCGCUUCGGCUGGGACUUGUAUCUAAGGUGGUUGAUGGCGACUACGUGCAGGUGCGCAAGGCGGCGUUGGAGGUCGCGAAGGUCAUCGCGAGCAAGAGCCCCGUCGCUGUCAUGGGUACGAAGAAGCUAUUGCUUCAUGCGAGGGAUCAUUCAGUUCGGGAGAACUUGGAGUAUACCGCUGUGUGGAACUCGGCGAUGUUGCAGACCAAGGAUCUUGAGGACGCCCUCACUGCUUUCAAGACAAAGGCGCCACCUACGUUUGCGCCCCUUUCUAUCAAGAGCACGGCGAAGCUAUGAUAGGACGUUUGUUGCAAUCAUCAUGAUCAGGCCCCCCGUCUUUGCACCUGUCCGUCGCGAAUCGCAAGGGACCCGAUCCGAUCGUCCUUCGUUUUUGACCGCGUUCACAUUGAAACCAACAAAAAUUUUGUCUCGUUCGUCUGUACUAUCGAUGUAUGUAUUAUGGCGAUCUCAGCACGC